UGCUGGCGGUCGAAGCGUUGAGACGUCUGUUCGCGGUUGAAGCGAAAAACACGCGAGUGAAGCGAACUCUUUUUGUUAACUUUUUUUUGUUCCAACCACUCAUAGAUACUGAGAUGUUCUAAAUGCUAAUUUGCAUUUACACCCAACCAUCGACGAUAAAACCCUUUUUCGAAUAGCUGCCGCAUUUUCUUUGAGUGUGCCUGAGUCGCACAUUCCGUCCUGAAGAUGGCGCUACGCCUGCGUCGCGACGUACAGAAGGCCUCCUAUUAUGUGUGGUUCCUGGGCGCCGAGGAGGCGAAGGGGCUGCGGGGCGCCCGCGUCAUCAACUCGGUGCUCCCGUACCUGGUGGACAGGUCCCGUGGCCAGGAGCCGCUCAAGGUCACGCUCCAGGUGUCCCACAAGGGCAUCAAGAUUGUCCAGGGGGCCUCGAAGCAUCUGAUCCCACACAGUGCCAUAACCAGCUCCGUGCAGACGGACGACAUCGUCGCCUGCGUGCUGCUGCUCUACAAUCCGGCCACCAAGUGUCCGCUCCACGUCCACGCCUACCGCUGCGAUUCGGAGACGACGGCGGAGGCACUGCACCUCCAGCUGCAGAUCCUCAUCAACCGACCCGACAACCAGAAGCGCUUCGAGGAGCUCGAGACCAGGCUGGGAAUCCUGCCGCCAAUCCCCAUGAACGGCGGCAACAACCACAGUGGCGAGAAGCGGCACGAGUCCAAUGGGAAGUCGUCGUCCUCCGGGAUUGGAGGACCGGGAUCGCACCACCACCAGCUGCAGUCACAACAGUCGGGAUCGGGGGGAUACCAGGGUCGCCGGCACGAGACGUCCUCGCCGAAGCGGUUCAGUAGCUCUCUGGGCAGCGACACCGGGAACAGUACCCGGGAGUCGGAGUGCAGCGAGGAGCACGGCCUGGCCGGCGGAUCCUCGCCCGUUUCCCGCUCGCCGCCGCACGGCAAACAGCAGGCACAUCCACAUCCACAUCCCCAUGGACACCCCCACCCCCAUCCCCACCCACCGCUGCACCACCCCCCGCUGACGCCGCAGCAGAACAGCGACCUCUUCGACUCCCUGGCCGCCGAGCUGAGGGCAAAGUUGAACGGCAACGGACCGCCACUGUUGCUGCCGCCGCGGGACUACGACACGGUGCACCGCUCCAAGGGCAAUCUAACGGCCAUCGAGCUGAGGCGCUGCCGCAACGCCCUCAUUGUGGGCGGAUCGCCCAAGGGGCAGGCUCAAGGUCAGGGGGCGGCCAAUCCCGCCGCCGGAGCGGCAGCCACCGCCAACGGCAAGCAGGUCUCCUCGCGCGGCUCCUCGGGCAUCGGAUCCGACUUGGCCCCCAGUCCAGAGCGACAGGAGCUCAACAGUUCCAGCGAUGACGAGCACUGGUCGAACGAGGCGGACAACUCGGUGAUCGCCCUGAAACCUUCACAAAUCGCGAUGCCCCAUCACGGGCAACUGAAGCGGAAGAGCGCCGUGCAACCGCCGGAGGACAGCUACCUGCGGGAUCUGCCGGCCAAACCAUAUCAGCCGCGUCCCAGCGAGCGGGAGCUGGAGCGGGAAAGGGAGCGGGAACGGGAGAGGGAGCGGGAGCGGGAGCGGGACAGGGAACGUGAACGGAACAAGGAGCGAGAGCGGGAACGGGAUCGGGAUCGCGAUCGAGAUCGUGAGCGGACCAAAACGCCAGCUUCCAUUUCGAACAAGUCCUGGAGUCGCGAGGAUGAGAUCAAGCCGAUUAUAAUGCGUCCGGCCGACUACGAUGCCAAGUUCAACCGGGUGCUGCAACAGGAGCAACUGCAGCAACAGCAACAGCAGCAGCAGCAGCAGCACUCCGGCAGCAAUCAGCAAUCCUCCGGCAAGCUGAGGGAUUCGGAGAAAUACAACGAGAUCAACCGGCUGCUGAACAAGAAGCUAUCCCACGAGCGGGAUCGCAAACCGCGCUCUCGCCUGGAGGACAACCACGAUGACUUCGAGGACUCCGAUCCGGGCAGUGAGCCACUGCCACUACCAGUGGCACUGCCCCAGAUGCACCACCACCAUCGCAAGGAGAACCUCACCGACAAGCAGAAGUUCAUGGAGUACACCAGCAAGAAGCAGCAGCUGCUCAAGAAUUACGGCGGCGAGGAUCAGCGGUAUCGCCAUCGCUAUAUGGAGCCCUCGGAUCUGCCCUUCGAAUCCCCGCCAGGUGGUGUUCCGGCAGUGGGUCACAACAAAUACGCCGCCGUCCACAGGGGCACGGAUUUGGGUCCAAGGGGAUCGGAUUUGGGGCCCAGAGGAUCGGAUUUGGGUCCAAGGGGAUCGGAUUUGGGGCCAAGGGGAUCGGAUUUGGGUCAGCGGACCACGGAACGGCGGCAUGACAGGGAUCGGGGCGGAGGUGAACGGGAACCCGAUCGGGAGCGGCGAAGGGAGCACGAACGCGAUCACUCCCGGGAUCGUAAUCCCUACAGAGAGGCAGAGAGCCUGCCCUACAUCCAGAGCAUGGAGAAGAUGAUGAAGUCCACGGGCAUGCGUUACGGCGAGGCCAAUCCCAAGACCAGGGAGCGGGAAAGGGAGCGCGAGAGGGAUCGCGAACGCGAACGAGACCGUGAUCGCGAUCGGGAUCGUGACUUCAGGGAGCCACCGCCGGCGCAGAACUCGCAGCGGGAUCGCUUCCACGACGCCAAGGACAAGUUCCGGGCCAUGGAGCAGCGUCCGGCGGUCAACCGGUAUCCGGAUGUGGAUGAACGCGACGCGCCGCACAGGGAUCGGGAUCCAUAUCGGUCGUCCUCCCGCCGGCGUCGCGGCUCCGUGGAGCCACCCAGCACCUAUGAGCAGUGGAGCGAGGAGGAGGAGCCGCCGGUGGUCAGCGAGAAGCCGAACCAACGCGACCCAAGCCGAUCCCGAGCCCGUUCCCGCGGCGAUUGGGAGCCGGAGCCGCCACAGCCGCCCAGGCACAUGGAGCGAUCAGUUCGAGACAGAGAGCGGGACCGAGAUCGGGACUUUAAUCGGGAGCAAUCCCGUGAUCCGUAUCGCCAUGAGAGGGAAAGGGAGAGGGAGAGGGAAAGGGAGAGGCCAGGAGCACGUGCCCAUUCCCGGGAAUUCCUGCAGGCCGUGGAAACGAAGAAUCCCUCGACGGCUGGUUCGGGUCGCGGCCACUUGGAGCGCUAUCCCUCGCCCGCUGCCACGCCCAGCAGAUCCAAUGAUGUGGGCGGAGGAGGCGGUGGCGGAGGCGGCAAUGGAGUUUCCUCCAGCGGCAACUCCGGCAAGCCACUGGCCCAAAUGCCCAAGGGCUAUCGACACAGCUACGCAGAGCCCGUGUUCGCCAGAUCCGGCGGACGAGUGGGUCUGGCUGCAGUGAAUCCCUAUUGAGGAGGACUCCUCCGGAACAGGGGUGCUUCUCCGCCAAGUGUUAGGCACCCCGGGACAAAGAGUAAAAACCGUGCAACGAAAUCCAAACUAAUCGAAUGGAGGGAAUAGAUGGGGUGUCACAUAAUCUCCAGGGAUCUUAAACACUGUUCGUAAUGACUACUUACCACACUUAGAAAUGGCAAUCAAAUUUAACCAGUUUUUCAAACUUAUAAAAAAUCCCUUUACUUAAAAAAGUCAAUGAAAUGUUAAAAGUUGUAUCAUGAAAAUCAGUAAAGCUAAUCCUUCUAUUAUAGUUUCCACUAAAAAUUCGUUUUAAGCGAGGACUAAAUAUACUCUCUAUCACAAUUUAUUAUAUUUCCCCAUUUGUAUUUAAAGACCCCCAAGAUUAGAGCUAAAAAACCCAUGUAAACAUAUAGGUUAAGAAAGAAUCACAGUGGCAACUGCUUAUGACGACUCCCAAACUCUCGAUAAACAAAGUCAUUGUAAGUACUUUGCUAACAAUCAUGUAUAAUCCAUAUACUCAAUUGCUAUAGCAAAAUUUGCCCUCUCAUGCGAGAUAUAUAUCCAUCCAUUCCUGCCCCGACUUAAUACGCGCCUUAAAUGGGGCCGUUGGGGAUUCGAGAUCGGACCGAAAAAAGGCCCAGCCCCUGUAAUUAUGUGCCUUCAGAGAAAGAAAUCGUGUUUUUAUUAUAUGCAUAAUACUGAAUUAGUCUACGAUUAUAUAUAUAUACGAAUCUAAUGUUAUCAAAAAGCCAACGAAACAAGAAGCGGAUUGGAUUUCUUACCAUUUUUUUUUUUUGUUUUUUUGAUACCUUAAGUUGCGCGGUUGGUUGAAGUUACACAUUUUUUUUGCUAUGCAGUUCACAUAUGUCACUAUAUCUGAUAUCUGUAAGCAUAUAAUAUAGAUAAAUAUACUACAUAAAAAUAUACAGCUAAUGUAUCUAUUGUUAUCAACUUGAUAUUUGCAUUAAUAAAGCGCUAGUAAAAAAUGCA